AUGGCUGAUUGCUCUCACAGUGAGGAGCUACAAAGACGGCUAGAGCAGUUCCAAAGUCAAUCCAGACUUGUUGUUAGCCUUAUGAAUGAGAUAGAUUACAAGAAUGGAAAACUGAUACAUAUGGAGUGCAAGAUGGACGAGAAGGAUAUGCUGAUCAAAGCAUAUAGUGAAGUUUUCCCAGGAGUGAAAGAGAUUCAAAGCAUCAAGCGAGAGAAUGAAAAGCUGAAGAAUGAAAUGGAAUCUCAGAGAACAGAAUCUGAGUUGCAAGUUAAAGUAUUGGGGGAGCGAUUGGGAGAGUCGCAAUGCAUCAAACAAGAAAAUGAAAAAAUGAAGAAUGAUACAGGAUUUCAAAAGACGGAGUUUGAGCCUGCAGUCAAAGAAUUGGAUCACAUGUCUAAGUAUGAUCUGGAUCAGAAACAACUAAUGGCUGAGAAGGAUGAAUGGAAGGAAAAGCUGAAAGAUCUACAAUACGAAAUUGAUCACAUGAAGAACGACUAUCAGACUCUGAUGCUAAAAGAGCGCAUAAGUAAUGAUGAGCUACAAGAUGCUCGCAAAGCAGCCAUAGAAGUAAGAAUUUACCUAUCCCCUUUAUUACUUUGGUUGUAUAUGCUGAACAAUCGCACAGUGCUUGGGAUUAAAAGAAUGGGGCAGGUUAAUUGGAAACCUUUUUGGGAUAUUUGCUCGCAAAAGUACUCUGGUGGAGACUGGGAGGAUCAAUCUGCUAAACUUUGUUCAUUGUGGGAAGAAAAUGUUAGGAAUCCACACUGGCAACCUUUUAAGAAAGUCAAAAUCAAUGGAAGACUGCAAGAGAUAGUAGAUGAAGAUGAUGAUAAACUGAGAGACUUAAGAGUCGAAGGGGGUGAGGACGUAUGCAAGGCUGUGACGGAUGCAUUGUUGGAACUAAACGAGUACAAUCCAAGUGGAAGGUAUCCAGUACCUGAAAUUUGGAAUUUAAAGAAGGGAAGGAAAGCCAGUCUGAAAGAGAUCAUUGAGUACAUAAUCAAGCAAUGGAAGACACAUAAGCGCAAAAGGAUGAGGAUCUAA